GAUUGGCUGACUCGUGGAGGAAUGGGAUGUCGGGACAGCAAAGAUGUCCGCGCUCAUUUGAAAACCUGCUAUAGGCGAAUACGGAAUUUGCCACUUGUUUUUAUGUUUGUAGGGUGACAACGUUGUGCUCAAGCGAGACGCAUUGAAAGGAAAGAUAAGGACUCCGCGACAAGGGCCAGACUAUUCCUUAUUAUCAGAAAUAAUGCUGAUAUCUGAAACUCAUGUCGGAAGUCGUGUAUGAAGAGACAGCCACGAUGAUUGCCGCAGGGGAAUUGCAGUCAUUUGUCCCGUUUGGCCGCGAGCACUGCAGGAACCAUCCAAACGCCUUCAACCUGCAGCUCAGAGAGCUCCAGCCUGCCUCCGAGCUGUGGGCAUCAGAUGGUGCUGCUGGCCUGGUGGGGUCCCUGCAGGAAGUCAGUCUGCAGGAGAGAGAGAGGGAAUUUUGGCAGCUUAGGAAGGGCUGCAAGGGAGUCAAAGAGGAAGAUGUGGAAUUUGAAGAAGAACUCUAUGCAGCAGGAAACGUGGUUGUCUGGAGCCAGGGUAGUAGGGCUCAAGCUUCCAGUGUAUAUAAGGCCUUCACUGUUGACAGCCCAGUGCAGCAGGCCUUGUGGUGCAACUUUGCUGCUCCUCACAAGAAGAAUGAUGAUGAAGAAGUGGAGCUCACAGUGUGUAUUGUCCAGAGUAGCUGUGUUAAUGUUCACACCAUGACUGGAAAAGACUUCAUCUCACCACUGCCGUUCCAGGUGUCAAAUGUGUGGGCAACAAAGUUUGGACUUCUUAUGGAACGUAAAAGCACAGCAAAUGAUGCACAUUUCAGCCCCCCUGGGGAACCUCUGCCCACAGUUUUCAGCAUGCUGCAUCCUCUAGAUGAGAUCGCACCAGUUGUGUGUAAACCUGCAGGCCUGUUUGAAGGCCGUGUGCAGUAUGUGUCUGACUCGGCCAUGAAGAUAGUGUUCACCUGCUGUCAGCCGUCUAUAGUUGUAUCAUAUGACACAGUUCAAGGAAUACACUCUGUCUGGACUCUGCGCAAAGUCACACAUGAUGAGCGCUCUACAGUCCUGCGGUGUCCGGCAGAACCGGCUGGGACACCGUUGGGUCUGAUGGCUUCAGGCUUUCUCACUUCUCAUUUGCGGAAUGUCUCCCGUCAUGACUCCCCUGGUGGCACUGGUCCAAGUGGGCAUGGUCUUGGGACUGGAACAAGUGCUGUUGGUUCCAGCUCUCCCCUCCACUACAGUGCUUUGCACAGCCACCAGAGCAGGAUUGUCACAUCCUCACCAGGAACUCACUCUCGAGUUCAUUCUCCGAGUAUAUCCAACAUGGCCGCCCUCAGCCGUGCCCACUCUCCAGGCAUGGCAGCUCCAUCCUUUUCAGGUGUGGCUCGUUUCAACACGUCUUUGCACAGCUCAUCCCCCAGGGGGCACCAUGGCUUGUUAGCAUCUCCCAACAGUACUAUCAAUGAGACAGUGUUGGUCCCAGAGAUGGAACCUAUCAUACCUGACCUCUGCAUGGAGCAGCUAUGGAGUGAGGCGGUCACUGCUGGCUCCAACAGGGAAAUGAGCAGCCAGGCAUCUAAAGUAUUCCUGACCUCUGAUCUCUGUGAGAAUCAUUACCUGUGUUUCCUGGUGGAAUCUCACCAACAGCUCAGAUGUGUGAAGUUUAUUGAGAGCAAUGAUACGUCACAGCUCAUCUUCCCCUCUGUCACAACCAUCCCUGCUAAAGAUGCGGAGCCUCUGCAGAGUAUAGAUGCCAUGCUAGUUCUGGAGGCCUGUGGUAGUUUGGUUCUCUAUACAGGAAUCACCAGGGUCAGCAAGGUGUUUGUGCCUGGACUGUUGUCACCCUCCUUCAGCCUGACCAAUCACCUCCCUCACCGCAGCACUCCAGUGGAAACUGUUAGCACACCAGCUAAUGCUGGCAGUAGGCAUCUCCAAAGACUUGAUGAGGAUGCCAUGCCUUCACCAGUGACAGGUCUAAGGGGUCCAAACAUUAAACACCAUGAUGCUUCCUUUUUGGAGGAUUACACAUUUCAGCCAGCCACACCCUACAUCAAUGCCUUACGUGAUCCUGUCUGCAACCGGGUGACUCUGGAACUAAGCAUUGGCACAAUGCUGAGGAUUUCUAUCCCAGAGAUUGCUACUUCAGACCUGGUGAGAAAGUGCCUUGAGGCAUUUCGUUUUAUCCUGCCUAAAGAAGCUGCUAUGAAGGUUUCGGUGAAAUGGUAUAACAUCUACAAUGCACCUGGAGGUCCCAGUGCCCACACAGAGUGGAGCCUGUUUGUCACCUGCUUCAUGACACUGAUGGGCUACAACACCGAGCGCCUGACCUGGACACGAAAUCUGCAUUUUGAAAUGCCUCUCUCUCCAGUGAUUGCAGCCAAGAAGGCUCGUCCCUCCGAUGGAGGUUCUGAUGAGGACUGGGACUACUUGAUAGGGUCCCAUUACCACCGUCAGAUGAAUUUCUUGCCCGUUGCCACUUCACUGGAUGCCAGUGGCAAUAGUACAGUCACUUCAGAAACUGAAGGCCUGUGCGCUGCUUCUUCUCCCCCCAGUCCAUCUCUGAAGUUGGACAGUUCAGCUCCUCUGUUCCCUCACAUCCCUGCACUCUUCUAUGUCCUCCAUCUGCUCUAUCAGGAACUGCAGCUGGAUGAGCUGCAGCGAGCGAGAGCUUCAUCACUAGUCUGCCUGCUGCAACAGCUGGCUAGAGAUCUUCAGCUUGAAGAGUAUGUGGAUCUGUACUGGAGAGACUACCCUUCAAUAAUUAGUGGCUUCACUGAGAGCUGCUUGAUAGACCAGGCACUGAUUUGCCAAAUGCAGCGGCCGUCUUUCCUGAGACCAGAGCCUCCCUGUGUGUUCAGCUGGCUCAGUAGCUGCUUGAGAGGAGAGGAGAGCCCACCUUUCCCCUACCUGCCGGGUAUCUGCCAGAGGACCAGACUGCUGGUUGUGAGUUAUGCUCUCUAUGUCAUUGGAGAUGAAAAUGCUACUUCAACAGAUGUAUCCAAGUACCUAGCCAAGCUUUCUGCAGGCCAGAAAUCCUCUGUCACUGAACCCCAAAUAAGAAGACAGAGCAGUGUUAAAGUGAUGUCCUCCAGUGAAAAUCUGGCUGAGCAGCUGGUGGUCUGGCUCACCUCACAGGGUUUCACCCUGAAAGAUUUGGAGUCGGUCCCCUUUGGUGUGGCUUUGCCUAUUAGAGAGGCAAUCUAUCGGUGCCGUGAGCAGCCGUGUUCUGAUUGGUCAGAGGAGGUCUGUCUUCUGAUUGGAAGACAAGAUCUUACCAAACAAGCCCACAAAAUGACCCUUGCCAAGAGCAAAGCUUCUGUAAGUUCAGGCCUGUCCUUGGAACCUCCUGCAACCACAGAACCAGAUGAGGAGGAGGAUGGGAUGUCAGACAUUGUUCAAGAGGUCACAGGACUGAUUUGGAGUCAGGAUCUGAGGGUCCAAGAGGUCAGGAGGCUUCUGCAGAGCUCCAGACCUGUCCGGGUUAGUGUUGUCCAGCUGCCAGAGGUGUCUGACCAUGAGUACAUAGAGGAGAAAGAGAACAAACUCCUGCAGCUGUGUCAAAGGACCAUGGCCCUGCCAGUUGGCAGGGGCCUCUUCACUCUCUUCUCUUAUCACCCAGUACCGACUGAACCUUUACCUGUCCCAAAACUCAACCUCACAGGCCGUGCCCUUCCGAGGAAUACUGUGGUAGAUCUGAACAGCGGAAACAUUGAUGUUCCUCCUAAUAUGACUAGCUGGCCCAGUUUUCAUAACGGAGUAGCUGCUGGGCUUAAAAUAGCCCCUGCCUCACAGGUGGACUCAGCCUGGAUUGCCUACAACAAGCCAAAGAGCCCUGAGCUGGCUAAUGAGUAUGCAGGCUUCCUUAUGGCCUUGGGGCUCAAUGGACACCUCACCAAGUUGGCCACGCUGAACAUACAUGACUACCUCACAAAGGGCCAUGAAAUGACCAGCAUUGGGCUCCUCCUGGGUGUGUCUUCAGCCAAACUGGGCACCAUGGACAUGUCGAUCACUCGCCUACUUGGCAUACACAUUCCUGCCCUUCUCCCGCCCACUUCCACUGAGCUGGACGUGCCACACAAUGUUCAGGUUGCAGCUGUAAUUGGCAUCGGGUUGGUGUACCAAGGAACGGGCCAUAGACACAAUGCUGAAGUCUUGCUGUCUGAGAUAGGUCGACCCCCUGGACCAGAGAUGGAAUAUUGUACAGACAGAGAGUCCUAUUCGUUAGCAGCUGGGCUCGCUCUUGGUAUGGUCUGUCUGGGGCAUGGCAGCAACCUGAUUGGGAUGACAGACCUGAAUGUCCCUGAGCAGUUGUAUCAGUACAUGGUUGGGGGACAUCGCAGAGCUCAGGCUGGGGCCAACCGGGAGAGGCACAAAUCCCCCAGCUACCAAAUCAAGGAGGGUGACACUAUUAAUGUAGAUGUGACAUGUCCAGGCGCUACGCUAGCCCUCGCCAUGAUCUACCUCAAGACCAACAACAGGUCGAUUGCUGAUUGGCUGAAACCUCCAGAUACUUUGUUCCUCCUGGACUUCAUUAAGCCAGAGUUUCUGCUGCUGAGGACUCUGGCCCGGUGUAUUAUCAUGUGGGAUGAAAUCCUGCCUAAUACUAUCUGGGUCAAGAGUAACAUCCCACAGAUCAUGAGAGGGACUUUUGACCCUUCAGAGGACAUUAACAUGGAGACGAUGGCCCAAGCCCAAGACUACAUUACAGCUGGGGCCUGUUUGGCACUUGGUUUACGGUUUGCUGGCUCUGCCAACUCUGAUGCCUUUGACUGCCUUUAUAGCUUGGCCAGGACCCACAUGACAAUCAUGUCCUUUGCUGGUACAGCUGCUGUGGGUGCUCACACAUUUUACAACCUCCAGACCUGCCUGUCAAUGAUUCUGCUGGCUAUGUCCAUGGUGAUGUCUGGUACAGGAAACCUGAAGGUCCUGCAGCUUUGUCGUUUCUUCCACAAGCGGACUGGUGGUGAAAUGAACUAUGGCUUCCACAUGGCUCAUCACAUGGCACUGGGUCUGCUCUUUCUGGGAGGAGGCAGGUACACCCUCAGUACCUCCAAUUCAGCCAUCGCUGCUCUGCUGUGUGCCCUGUAUCCACACUUCCCUGCUCACAGCACUGACAACCGCUACCACCUGCAGGCCCUUCGGCACCUGGCUGUGCUGGCUGCAGAGCCUCGACUGCUCGUCCCUGUGGAUGUGGACUCCCUGAAGCCUUGCUAUGCCCUUUUAGAGGUCACUUACAAGGUAAAAGUGAAAGGACCACGUUACUGGGAACUGUCUGUAGACCUCAGCAAAGAAACACAGCAUCUAAAGUCCAUCUUGUCGAGAGAUGGGGUGUUGUAUGUAAAACUACGGGCUGGCCAGCUGCCCUACAAGGAUGACCCUCAAGGUUGGAAGAGCCUGGUAGCCACCACAGUCAACCACCGCAGCUCUGGAGUCAAAGCCUUCAAGCCUGAAGCCAUCUCUACGUUCACCUCUGAGCCAGCUCUUGUCUCCUUUGCCGAGCUCUUCUGUAAAACUUCUGAAGGAAUGAAACAUAGAGAAGAUACUCUAGUGUUGUUCUCAGCUAUGCUGUACGAAUGUGUGACGCAGGAGUGUCCAGAGAUGCUGCCCACAUAUAUUGCUGUCGAGCAGGCAGUGUCAGCUCUGCGUCGGGGUGAUUUGCUGCAGACCUUUCCCUUGUGGCAGUUGCGUCUGGUAGUGGAACUGUGGGACAGCAGGAUGCAGCGAGGUCCUGCGAACCGCCGCGACACCCUGCUUACCUCUGAAUUUCUGCCGGUCAUGAAGAAUGCGGUGGAUGCCACACUCGACAGCUGGCUCAAAGAAAACAGCUCGGUGUUGAGGACCUACAUGAAGGGAGAGGCACUCUCAAAGGACACCCAAUCGAUCAUGUUGGCCUGCUUCUUGGUGUACCGGUCAAUCCCCUACCUCAAGAACGCACACACACAGCUGGAGGGCUGCAGCUCACUUGGGGACUUACUGUUACUUAGCAGCCAGUUGGGCAUCCCUUUGAGAGAUUUGCUGAGGCUCGUACCUGUCCUUCUGGGUUCUGCAUCUGGACCACACACACUGCUGGGAUUUCCACUGCAAGCAUUUUGAUUGUGAUUCUCAGAACUCGUAAAUGGGCUGGUAACCUCUCAGAGAAACACUUCAAAGCCUUGCACUGCUGGCACCCGUGGGACUGAUUUUCUACCUGUAACAGCUGCAAACAGGUGCAGCACGUGGGACAAAAAAUGUGAGCAUUAGACAUCUUUUGUCUAAAUGCAGCAUGGCUGCCUUGAAUGGAGAAGAACUGACUUUUUCCCUCUGAGGCUCUAGGAAAUGAAAUAACUAAAGUAAUUAUCUUUGUAACAUAUUUGUAUUUAGGUUGUGUUUUUUUAUGGUAUAAAAAAGGUUUAGGCUGCAGUAAUCGUGCAGUUUAACCUUUUCAGAUGGUUACUCAGAAUUCCAGUGGCAGAUAGAACAGAAUGAACUGAUCAUUAUAAUUCAGCUGUUGUCAUAUACUAGUUUUCAAGCUGAGUUCAGUCCACUGGGUUGAGUGAACAUGAAAAGACAGAAAAGGCAAUAAAAAGCAGAAGUACCUGCACACUCCAUGAAUACUGUUUUUAUUCUAUGGCUUAAUGUGGGUGAAUGAGACUCCUCAACAUAAUCAGGACAUCAUCUGCCUUAUUGUUUCCUCUUUUUUAGAUCUCAUUAUGUCCACCACUUUGAAGAUACUCUUUUUGAAAAUGCUGCUGCAUUUCCUGUGUUUUUAUGUUUCUGACAAAGACCGGUUGCUUACUGCUCAUUAAACCCUCACAAGAACUGCAUUCAUCUUUUUUGAUGUGUUGUUGCCAGUGUCCGUCAUGCUUGUUUAUUUAGCUCAGAUCUUACUUUUGUGGUGCCAGCCUUGCAUCAGUGUGGAUAAGAUAAAGGUCGCUUUUUAAGUGAUGCGUGAAACAAAAUGGUCUGUGUUGUUUCAGGUGUCCUGCCACAUGAAAGAAAUCCCCUGAUCUUCCAGUGAUAGUUUUGU